AGUGAGAUUUGGUGGCUCCCUUUGUGUUUUGAUCUGCAAGAAUUUGGACAGACCGGCUCUUUUGGUGUUAAAUGUAGCUAAAUCAUCAUCAUCGUUCUCCACGGGACAGUCUUAGGUGGGACUUACAGUAGCUGCCGUGUGUAAAGCCAAACACACAUGUACACGGGUGAGAGCGGUUGAUUACCUCAGAGCUGCUUAAGGCGUGACUGUGAUGAGGCACGCGGCAACCAAACAGAGAGCUGAGGAGGAAAAAUACAACCACUCUCCAUCAGAAUGACGGGUAACAAGGCUGUCACCAUGUGGCAGAAAAUUCAGUUAUUCUACCAAAGUGUUCUGGAAAAUGGAGACAAAAGGACAGAGAAGUGGCUGCUGGUGUAUUCUCCUGUGCCAAUUAGCUGUGUCUUCUUGUGCUACCUCAUCAUCAUUUGGGUCGGGCCAAAGUUGAUGGCGAACAGACAGCCAGUCAACCUCAGACCGGUUCUGAUAGUUUAUAACUUUGCCAUGGUCUGCCUCUCUGCCUACAUGUUCUAUGAGUUCACAGCUUCAUCCUGGUUGUCAGGAUACAGUUUGUUGUGCCAGCCAGUCGACUACAGCGAGAGCCCACUGGCCAUGAGGAUGGCCAGAGUGUGCUGGUGGUUCUACUUUUCCAAAGUCAUAGAGCUCAGUGACACUAUGUUUUUCAUCCUGAGAAAGAAGAACAAUCAGCUGACCUUCCUUCAUGUCUACCACCACGCCACAAUGAUCUUCAACUGGUGGGCUGGAGUUAAGUAUGUGGCUGGAGGGCAGUCGUUCCUGAUUGGUUUGAUCAACUCCUUCGUCCAUGUGGUCAUGUACUUGUACUACGGGCUGGCAGCUGUGGGGCCGAGCAUGACCAAAUAUCUGUGGUGGAAACGAUGCCUCACGUCUCUGCAGCUGCUGCAGUUUUUCACAGUCGCCAUCCACACCACCUACAACCUGUUGGCAGACUGUGACUUCCCAGACUCCAUGAACACGGUUGUGUUGGCCUACUGUCUCAGCCUCAUUGUGCUCUUUGCAAACUUCUACUACCGCAGCUACCUCUCCAAAAAAAACAAGGAAACAUAGUUACAAAAACAGAAAUGUUUAAAAAAGGUGAACACUUGUUACUUUCUGUUUUUAUUUCAUGUUACAAAUAUGUAUUUAUAGUUAAAGACUUUAAAAAAUAAAGAUGUGUGUCCUUUUCAGCAAACUAUAUACUUUUGAUGCAACCUUUUGCAUUGUGUACAUAGCAUUUAACCCCCCAUGCCAAAAGAAGAGCCCCAUUCAGCU